AUGACGACCGUCAAGGAGCGCCAGACUAAGCUGAUUGUUCUGGCAGCAGUCUUCAGUGCCUUGGCCACGGUUGCCUUUGCCCUGCGGAUGGUCAACAGCCGGAAUCUGCGGCGGACGCUGAAGAUUCACGAUUAUUUCGUCGGAUUGUCGCUGGUAUGGAUGACCUCGAUACAUGCGCAGUCUCUCUCGGACGAUACUGAUGAUUCCUCUCCACUGGCAGGCGCUUCGGCGGGCGCGUACGGGCAAAAUGUCCUCACGGUGGAUUAUCCGACCAUGACAACGACGCUGAAGACAUUCUGGUCAUCCGAAUGGUUCUUCAUCACGGGCACGACAGCCUUUCGUCUGGGGAUCAUCUUCCUCUACAUCGAACUGUUCCGGGGCAACAAGUUCUACUGGAUCUCCAUGACGGUUGCCGGCAUCGUGAUCGCAUACUGGGUAGCCUCCGUCCUAAUGGUCCUUCUUCUCUGUCGCCCGAUAGCUUCCAACUGGGACAUCAAGAUCCAGGGCAAGUGUGGCGAUGUCUCCGAGACUGAGAAUAUAUCGGCCUCGUUCAACUUGGUCGUGGACCUCAUAGUCGUCACCCUUCCAAUGCCGAUGGUAUUUUCCUUGAACAUGCCAAAGGACAAGAAGAUCAGCGUGGUGGCCAGCUUCCUCCUGGGCUUCAUUACGGCCGGCGUCAACAUCGGACGUCUAAUCCAGACACAGGUGUGCGACCCCAAGAACAAGACCUUCUGUUUAAAUGACGCCUCUAUUCUGGUUGCUGCGGAACUCAGUUCAGGCACAAUCGUUGCCUGUGCCCCCAUGAUAGGCGCCGUGAUUUUGCGCCGCAGCCGCCGUCGGGAGAGCAACCCCCGUAGCAAAGACCCUCGUAUUCACACGAUCGGUUCUAGCGGCCGCUCGUGGCCAAGGCGAGAUCCGGGUGAUAUUGAGCUGCUGGCCUCGCAGGACGACGAGCAUGAAAAAGCCGCCUCGCAUCGCACGCAGGUCUCGGUGCCGGAAAUCUCGUACCAAAUCGACUCAGGGUCUUUCGCCGAGGAUGGUCGAGGAUACAACUCGGCUGGGAUAAUGGUACAGAAUGUGCUGACGAUUGAACGGGAGUCAGCCCGCGUGUAG